CAGGGAGAGGGGAAGGGCCUCGGCCGGCUCCGAAGCGGGAGGCGGCCGAGGUGGCCCAUGCCGGCCCCGCCUCAGGGGCGGAAAUCUUGGGGAGGGCUAGGGCUGGACAUCCUAGGGUCUGGGGCUGCGCUCCGCACCCUGAUUCUGGUUCUAGGCUUUUCCUGUCGACACGCUGGCCCCGGGGAGGGCAAGAGGGUGCCGCAGAGGCUGCUGGGAUGUCCGUUGUAAGCUAAGGUGCCGAAGGGUUAGGGAUCAUUGCUUCUCCUGCCUCCACGUGCUAGGCAAGCAAGGGCGUUUUACAAAAAAAUUUUAUUACCGUCGUUGAAAGAAAGAAAAUGGGGACACAAAAGGGCCCCCCACCAAGUUAAAGUUCGUAACCAAGUUGUGUCAGCAGGAAGUGCUUCCUACAGAGUCAUAGUGCACGUGGAUCUGGAUUGCUUUUAUGCACAAGUAGAAAUGAUCUCUCAUCCAGAAUUAAAAGGCAAACCUUUAGGUGUUCAGCAAAAAUAUUUGGUUGUCACCUGUAACUAUGAAGCCAGGAAGCUUGGAGUUAAGAAACUGAUGUCUGUGAGAGAUGCAAAAGAAAAGUGUCCACAACUAGUGCUAGUUAAUGGAGAAGAUCUGACACGCUAUAGAGAAAUGUCAUACAAAGUUACAGAGUUACUAGAAGAAUUCAGUCCAGUUGUUGAAAGACUAGGAUUUGAUGAAAAUUUUGUGGAUGUAACCCAGACGGUUGAGAAGAGACUACAGCAGCUACAAAGUGAUGACUAUUCUGGAGUGGUUGUUUCUGGUCAUGUUUACAAUAAUCAGUCUGUAAACCUAAAUGACAUUUUGCAUGUAAGAUUACUUAUUGGAUCACAGAUUGCAGAAGAGAUGAGAGAGGCCAUAUUUAAUCAGCUGGGUCUCACAGGCUGUGCUGGAGUGGCUUCUAAUAAACUGUUGUCCAAAUUAGUUUCUGGUACCUUUAAACCAAAUCAACAAACAGUUUUAAUGCCUGAAAGUUGUCAAGAUCUCAUUGAUAGUUUGGACCACAUAAAGCAAAUGCCUGGUAUUGGCUUUAAAACUACCAAACGCCUUGAAUCAUUGGGUAUUAAUAGUGUCCAUGAUCUCCAAACCUUUUCACCUAAGAUACUAGAGAAAGAACUAGGAAUUUCAGUUGCUCAGCGUAUCCAAAAGCUCAGCUUCGGAGAAGAUAAUUCUCCUGUGACUCCUUCAGGACCACCUCAGUCCUUUAGUGAAGAAGAUUCCUUUAAAAAGUGCUCAUCAGAAGUGGAAGCUAAAAAAAAAAUUGAAGAACUACUUGCUAGCCUUUUGAACAGAGUAUGCAACGAUGGAAGGAAACCACAUACAAUAAGAUUAAUCAUCCGUCGGUUUUCCUCUGACCGACAUUUUAAUCGUGAGAGCCGUCAGUGUCCUAUCCCAUCUCAUGUAAUUCAGAAGUUAGGGACAGGAAAUUAUGAUGUUAUGACCCCAAUGGUUGAUAUACUUAUGAAACUAUUUCGAAAUAUGGUAAAUGUGAAGAUGCCAUUUCACCUUACCCUGCUAAGUGUGUGCUUCUCCAAUCUUAAAUCACUACCUACCUCUAAGAAAGGAUCUAUUGAAUUUUAUUUAACACCAUCAUCAUCAACACCUUCACACUCUGGCAAGCGCACUUAUAAAAUGAAAGAUACACAUCUGGAAGAAUUUUCACAAGACAAGGAAGUAAACUGGGAUUUUCUACCAAGUGGAAGAAUCGAAAGCAUAAAAACUGGAGAAUCUCCAUUAGAUACUGCAAAUUUUACUAAAGAAAAAGAAAUUCAUGAUUUCCCACUUCACUCACUUCCUGAGGGUAUUGACCAUGAAGUCUUUAAGGAGCUGCCAGUAGAUAUUCAAGAAGAAAUCCUUUCUGGCAAAACUAGAGAAAAAAAUCAAGGAAAAGGAAGUUUAAGUUGUCCAUUACAUGCCUCUAAAGGAGUGUUAUCUUUUUUUUCUUCAAAACAAAUGCAUGACAUUGUUUCAAAUCCCAGAGAUCAUUUAUCGAGUAGCAAACAAUUAGCCUCUAUAUCUACUAGUGAACCAGGUACAUCAGGUUUAAGUAGCAGUGGUUCCACUUACCUGUUUAGCCGAAAAGAAUCUCUCCACUAUUUAGACAGUGAGUUAAGAGAUGAAAGAAUGAGUCAAGGACCUAAAGAAUCCCAAGGAUUCCAUUUUUCAAAUACAAACCCUUCUGUGUCUAUAUUCCAUUCUUUCCCAAACUUACAAAGUCAGCAACUCUUUUCCAAAAAUCACACUGCAGAUAGCCAUAAGCAACUUACAGGUUCAGUUUCUCAGCAUCUCAGUCUUACAGAAAACAGAGAGCAAGAAUCUGCAGAAGAGGAAAUAACUUUUCCUUCUGGCAUUGACCCUGCAGUUUUUUUUGAAUUACCAGAAGAUGUUCAAAAAGAACUUUUGGCUGAGUGGAAAAGAACAGGAUCCUCUUUCCAAACUGUACGUGAAUAAGCAUGAUGGAAAAAAAUUUUUUUAAAUAUUCCAAGCAAAUAGCAACAACAUUAUGUUCCCCUCAGUCUGAUAGCUUAUUAAGAUGUUUGAUAUUAAACUAUUUAUUAGGUAUUCAAUAAUGUAGAAAUCUGACUAAUAUGAAACAUUCAAGAUAAAGCACAAACUGCAGAAGGGAGGUAAAUUCUUACAUAAGCAUAAAAAUGUUCAUAUCAGAAGUAAUAAUGUAAAAUAUUAUCUUCCUCUCGUUUUUAAAGCUAUUUUAUAUUGAAGAUUUUCAAUAAAAAGAAUAUCAUGGUCA